AUGACGUUCCCUUCGACAAUUCGCUUUUCCACAUUUGUCCGUAUUGCAUUUCCUGCUUUCCUGCUAUCUCUGAUCAUCAUCCCUUUCAGCCUCAUGACAAUGAAUCUCAUGUUCACGAUGUACAAAGAUGCCAAAGCAUUUCGUCAUCCUUCAUGUGCUGAGACUAAAUCAAACAUGAACGAAACGUUAGGAAGACUAGUACUAGAGAGAAAAAAUCUUCAAUCAAAACUGAAUAGAUUGGAUAGUGGUUAUCUUAACUAUCUUAGACAAAGAAAUCAUAAUCUAGCCAAGAAAUUGUUCAGGUGUGAAGUCAAAAAAUGCCAAGAGAAGAAAAUUCAACAAAGUCGAGUAAAACAAGACGGGAAAAAUGUUUUUGAUGAAAAAGCUUUUGCAAACGUUACGGUGAAUCGCGAGUUUUUCCAUUACCUGGCAAAUCAUUUACGUAAUACUGAUUAUGCCGGAGUGGACAACUACACCCGCUACACCGUGGCCCGGUUGGGAUUGGUUCCUUUGGUAGGUGUGGAACGGCUCAUUCCCGAAUUCGGUCCCGUCAUCAACGACGUCCUCUCGUUCAAAUAUCCCAUUUCCAUUCCGCCGUGUCAGGAUCAGGUCAUCACCGGUGGUCGGACUGUUUUUGUCGCUGUCAUAUCGGCGAGUGACAAUUUCUCAAUCCGGAAAAUAAUUCGACAAACCUGGAAAAAUCACUUGAAAGAAGUGCACCAAGAGGGUCUACUCGGAGUCGCAGGUUUCGCGUUCGUUUUAGGACUGGCCGACAAUGAUGUGACAAAAAGUCGAAUAAAGCAAGAGGCCAAGACUUACGAGGACAUCAUUCAGAUCGGCAUUCGUGAUUCGUAUGAAAACUUGUCGCUGAAAACGACCGGCUUGUUCAACUGGCUGUACAGAUACUGCGCCAAAGUGGAUUUCGUUCUCAAAGUGGACGACGAUGUCUACGUCAACGUGCGCAAUUUAGUCCAUUUCGUUCAAACCUUUCAUCCAUCAAAUCAGAGUAUAUUUGGCUUAUUGUCACCUCAUCCUUACUUCUGGCCUGAACGAGGUAAAAUACUAUAA